GAACGCUGCCGUACCGUUGCCAUGCAUGCAGCUUGAAUGUCGAGCCUAAAUCUUUCAUUACAUGUUCUCAACCAGUCUGAAGAAGGAUGUCGGCCACUGUGAACAGAUCCUUGACGUGCAGCGGCCGCAAUUUUUGGCUCCAGGGCCUAAGGAGUCGGCGUUCGACUGUUGAGAGAGAGGGAGAGGCUUUUCUGCGCGACAGGCCUUGGCUAGAUCGGCGUCCAGGCUAUUUUCGCAUCGCAGGACCUCGAUGGGGUGUAUGUGUCGUGUGUGUCAUUUGGUAUUAUCCUGAUGGCCCCGGACCGACCGCGAGCGUUUGGCGAGGGUGUCAAGUCUCUAAGAAUCAUCCCGGCCACCGUAAUCGGAACCAAUAUUCAUGCCACGAGGCGCACUCGGGAUGGUAUAAGAGCGCGUCCGAAACGAUUCUAACAAGCAUCAAUUUCCUUUCCUUUCACUCCUCCCCUCCCUUUUCCGAAUCUAACAGCAUGCUUUCCACGACCACUCUCGCUCAGUUCAUCGCGCUGGCAGCAUUUGCUGCAGCGGCUCCGACCAAUGUGACGAUCGCCGAGCGCGGAGCUUGCAUCGUCAACAGCGUCGCCAGCUCGAAGAGCUUGUCGAGCUGUACCACAGUCACCAUCCAGCCCUUCACUGUUCCUGCUGGUCAAACGGUGACUAUUGCGGCAGCUAAGGGCGCGGUUGUUACCAUGGCCGGCGACGUGAUCUUCUCCAAGACCAGCACUGCCGGCCCGCUCUUCAUUAUCAAUACUCCGAGUGUCACCUUCAACGGCGCCGGCCACAAAAUCAAUGGAAAUGGCGCCUCGUACUGGGACGGAAAGGGUACUAACGGCGGUGCCUUCAAGCCUCACCCCUUCGUGAAGCUCCAGGGCUCGGGAACAUUCGAAUCGUUCACUGUCCUCAACUCGCCUGCCCAAGCCAUCUCGGUUGGCACCAAUGCGGCCAGUACCAUCAAAGGCGUCACCGUCGAUAACUCGGCGGGUGCAAGCCUCGGCCACAACACCGACGGGUUCGACAUCAGCGCGUCAGACGUGACUGUGAGCGGCUGCACGGUCCACAACCAGGACGACUGCGUCGCUGUCAACUCUGGAAACAACAUUGCAUUCUCGAACAACGUCUGCACUGGCGGACACGGAAUUUCGAUCGGCUCCAUCGCCACCGGCAAGUCGGUCACUAACUUCCGCGCUAGUGGCAACCACGUGUCGAAUUCGAAAUACGGGAUCCGCAUCAAGGUGCAAGAGGCCGCCACUAACGCCAAAGUCUCUGGUGUGACCUACCAGGGCAACGUCCUGACCGGCAUCUCUGAUUUCGGUGUGCUCAUCUCUCAGAGCUACCCUGUCGAGGAUGGCCCCAAGGUCGGAACCGGCGGCCCCAUCUCUAACGUCAACUUCGACGGCGCUGCGACCACCGUUGCUGUUGGUUCCAGCGGCCAAGGCCUCGUCGUGAACUGCGGCGCCUGCACUGGCGCAUGGGACUUCUCCGGUCUCUCCAUCUCUGGCGGCAAGGGACACAAGGUCACCGCCAACAACGCCAAGAUUGCCGGCGGAAAAUUCUGAACUCGCACGAAACACUGUCACUCCUUUACCACCCACACUCCUUUUCACACACUCUUUUCCACUACCUAGUCCACUUUUCGUAGUCGCCGAGCGCGGCGGUCGUGCCUGGUGUUGCACGAUUCCAUAAUCGUUCCUAGAGAACCACUUCUACUCUACCCUCCUCAGUCAAAUUCAAAUAACUGCCAUUGCCAAUGCACUUUACUCUCCUCAUGUCUGCCGUGUUCCUUGACCAAUGUCCCCGCUUGCUGCUAUCUGUCAGGUGAUCGCGUCUGCGCGUGAAGACUGGUGAUGUCAUCGUAGUGGUAACUGAGCGCGUUUUUCCCACCACCCCCUGCACUCCCAGUCAUCAUGAUCAUCUCGUCGAGAUUUCUUGACCGGAACCAAACCCAGAUCCUAUGCGCAUGAUACCAAUGUCUGCAAGUCUCUGGCACUGUGGACACAGGAGAAAGGGGAGCAGAAUGAGGAGCACCACAGACUGACAGACAGCGUGAUAUACGAUCACCUCAUUACACACCCCUCUCUCUCCGACGUCUGCUCUCUUCCUUGUCCCCUUCCAUCCAACACGCCAUGGAAUGCAUCGAUGUCUGUUACAAGAAAGUCGGAGAGCUAUCUCUGCUUCUCAACGUGUACCCGCCCGACAUCAGUUCCCUUCGCCACGAAACGCGUUCUAACACCGAAGUAUUGCGGCUGCCCACCGUUGUGUAUUUUCACGGAGGUGGACUCACUGUCGGAAGUAGAAACAGCUGGUUUCCUAGCUGGCUUCAAGCGCGUCUCAAUGCCGCUGGCAUGGUGCUCGUUUCCGUUGACUAUCAGCUCAUUCCCGGCCCCGCCACGGUGCACAGCGUGAUAGACGACAUUCAGGACGUGUUCGCUUUCCUGCGCGACGAAAACACGCGCUUCAAGUCGGGCGAGGAUCUUGAAUUCGGAAUUCGACCUGAUGCGAUGGCCGCCGCGGGAUCCAGUGCUGGCGGGUUGUGUGCCUUGCUGGCGGGCAUACAUGUCUCGCCUAAGCCGAAGGCCAUCCUCGCCCUGUAUGCUGUUGGCGGCGACUCCUUUACCCAUCAGACACUCUCGCCCAAGACGAAGCCGUUCUUCCUCGGGCGCGAGAUGCUGGAUCCCGCCGACUUCCCUGACCUGCUGUAUCCCGGAUGUCAAGCCCUUCAACCCAUCUGCGAUUCUCCCCUCGAGUAUUAUCCCCUCGAUCACCCAACGAAACCUGGCUGGCCCUCGAACCCCCGGACAUAUUUAUCCCGCCUCUACCUCCAGCUUGGACAGUAUCUCGACUACUGGACUGGCCAGCACGAACCCAGCUUGUCUGAGACUCUCCGCCCGCUGCUGGACAACCCCGACUUGGUCAGCGACCCUUUUGCUAUGCAGGAUGCUGCCGCAGAGCUCAUCCCUGAGCACCACCGUCGAAUCUUCCCCCAGCUCCAUGUGACAUCCGAAUUCCCGCCCACAUAUCUGUUCCAUGGGGCGGACGAUACGGCUGUGCCCCCUUCUGACUCGCGCCACUUCUACAUGCUGCUGCAAAUGGCCGGUGUCGCUGCUCACCUGGUCUAUGUUCCCGGAGCGACCCAUUCCUUGGACUAUGUGAAGAACGCGGAAGAGCUGUUAUCGACGUCGGAGUUGAUCAAGACGACAUUGUCUCAUGAUGCGACGGAUACGCUCAUAGACAAGUGGCUCGAGCACCGCGGAUACGGACACGACGCAUACUACGAGUGGUUUCGGGACGUCCGCGACCGCAAGCACGCGACCCAUGACGAGCAGAGCAUCAUCUGGAACAAAGGGGACUUCGUCCCUGAGAAUGUCUUUUGUCGGACAGUCGACACUGGGCGGCUCAUCCCCCUUGAUCGCACAUGGACGACACACUUAUACCACCACCGGACAGUGCAGGAGCGGAAACUGCCCAUGAUGCCUGUUAUCUUCACCAUGCUUCCGGAGCUCAUGCUCCUGCGAGGCAUGCACGAUGGCGGCUGCGAUGAGAUAUUCAUAAUAGUGACCGACCUGAAGCGGCAGGAGAUGGAUGACGUUACAGCUUUCUUCAAGCUCAUCUGCCGGAACACGUUCGGGCGGACGUGCAAACCAUCGAUGGAGCGGGAGAUACAGCUUGAGCACAUGCGCAUCACGCACAGCAUGGCUCGGCAGCGUCGCACUCCGUGCUUUCCCCAGAUCGAUCUGACGUUCCGCGCGCUGUUGUACGAGAAACGGCCGCGCUUCCUCAUCCUCUUCUCCCAUCAGCCGACGUCCUACUCGCAAAUCAUAUUCACGCACCGCUCUUAUGUGCCGUCUGCGGAUCUGUUCUACGAUUAUCCCACCGGCUGCCCCAAUCCUUGUUGCACGGAUGACUGCGAGAUGAUACGGUUCCCGCGCCGGGGACCGGAGGCUGCACAAGUGCUGGACAUCAAGCGCGGUGGAAAGUACGGGAAACGGGUCAAGCGGAAGCAGAUGUGCAACUGGAUUGAUUGCGACGUGUGCUUCGAUACGGGCGACAAUGCGAGUGAGUCGGGGAGCUCUGAGGGAUCGGAGAACAGCAACGCUGGGGUUGUUGAACGUCCCAAAGUCGUCGCUCAGACAUGCAGCAAGUGCAGGUUGGUCAGAUACUGUUCGCUUGACCACCAGCGCAAAGAUUGGGAAGAGCACAGACGUGUUUGUGCCAAAUUGUGA